GGAUAGGGUCCAGUUGGGUCCAAUGUUGGUCUGCUGUUUAACUGGUGCUGUUCAAACUUCCAACACUAGAGAAAUGAAAUACUGUGACACUAUUAUGAUGAUGUCUUCAAACAUAUUGUUUAUGAUAUGCAGACUCCUUUAUUGCGCUGCUUUCUGACUGCGACCUAAAUGCUUCCUGGCCUAACAACAUUCCUAGGAAUUUGACUGCAUUGCUUCAUCAGGAUUGCGUAAUCCAGUUCUGUGGAUGGCUGCCGUUUACCUGCUGAGCACCUGUUUCACUAGAAGGAAGAUAUUGCAAUAGAAACCUGUUCUGAUUGAUGAUGUUCAGCCCACGGUGACAGAUUUGUUCCCCACACCACAGAAUGCAGGUUUCAACACCUCACUCAAACACUGUACUUCUCACUAACUGGAGGCUAAUCUGCAUAAAGCUCCACCCCCAACAGGUACAUGUAGAAGUGACCCUUGUGUUCAAACUCAGAAGCUCACCGAAAUUCCUACUGGUUGAAAGGAAACCUCAGGGGGACCCUGCUGAGACCACAGAAAGCUGCUGCCUAUCACGCUGCACUGGUAAAGGCCCCACUAUGUUGUUCUACAUCAUGGUUGUCCUGUGUGUCUCGUCCUCUUUGGCUGAUGACUAUGAGAAUUUGGAGCACAACCCAGAACCCUGCAUGAUAUCAGACAAGAAACGUGCUUGUGAAAGCUUCCUGUUUAAACAUGUAAACGAACACGCUCCAACAAGUCUGGACCAGAACCAGUGGCAGAUUUUUAUCCGCAAUGUCAUCAACACAUGUGAUCGACCAGUCCAGUCUUUUGUUCCCUUCGCUGAGAAACAACAAGUCCUCAAUGUGUGCUCUCCUUCUGGGGGUAAAAUAUACCGUGGUCAUCUGUGUGUUAGUAAAGUGGAGUUCAGCUUCACCACAGUGAGAGUGGACAACAACUGUAUUGUGAAGAGCGUCAAGUCAGAGAAGAAAUACCUCAUCUUGGGCUGCGACGAGAUCAAGAACCAAUGCUGCCCGGUCCAUUUUGAGUCCAACCCCAAAAAUGUCGGCCCAGCUGACCACAGCUCAGAUUGCAAAGCACCAGUAUUUCAGGAUCAUGUGAAGUUUGCACUAAGUCGUCCUUCUCUCGGCCUUCUGGUCCUCACACUGCUGUCUGCAGCUUUUAUCUGCUGCAAAUGCAUCUUAAAAAGCAAGAAGAGCGCAGAACACAAGAAAUGAAUGGAACAUCCUCCAGUGCGGCUUUGAGCUGUGGCAGAGGUUUUUGGGUGCCUUCUGGUGGUGGAGGGUCUAAUUUGGCCUUUGGUCUUACAUAAUACAAACAACCUGUGUAACAAACAGGUGACUAAAACUUUUCCACAUAUUGCUGAAUACUAAUCAGGUUCAUUUUUUAGAGAAGCUUAACAUAAAGCUACACUAUGUAUGUUUUGGGGAUUUGGAGACCUCUCUGGUGGAAAUGUGUAAUUGCAUGCAAGAUUUUUUUUUAAUGUGGGUUGUGCUUUGGAUCCCUUCCCCGUGUGGAUGAAUCUGAUGAAUGAAAGAGAAUUCAAACAGAACUCUCAUCUUCAGAGGAUUUGAGGGAAUGAUCUACUAUCAUUUCUUCAUUGAUAUAAUAUUGAUUUUUGCAUUUGAGACCUAAUUUCAUGACAAAUGGACCCAAAGAAAUGGCCCAAAAUUACUUGGACAAAAUUCUGGUUCCAUUGACUUACAUUAAAAGUA